CAACCAGGAAGUUAAAAAAAAAAAAAAAAGUGUUGGCUGGAAUAUCUGCACAAUUAAACGACUGUAAUUUUAAACAGCGGCGAUGAGGCAAUUGUAGACCGUAGAAACGCUGUUGUUUUAUUUUCCUCGCUUCACCGCUUGUUUCUGGGAGUUUGCUCAUUGUUGUCGUUUUCAUAAAGUUGCUUGCUUGUAGGACAAAGUUCAUCGACACUGCUAAACUAAUGGAGUUCAUUGAGAAGUCCUGCUGUGUCGUCACGGUGUCUGAGGCCUUUUCUGCUAAAAGACGAGUGAGUUGUAGCGGAGUUGUCCUCGAUUCCCGAACUGGGACGGUGAUAUGCAAUGCCCUCCCAUUUUCCCGUUUUAUUACGGAUAAAGAAUCAAUGUCAGCAGAUCCCAGGGUCCUGUUACCGCACAGUUUUAGUGAAAAACUGAAUAUUGGCGUAGGUUUUUCCGAACAGCGGAGUGUGGACACCAACCAGUGUGCGUAUGAAACAUGCACGGUGUCCAAAAGUGUGAGGACACUUCAGCAUGAAGCGACAGCCGAGCUGCUGAUGCUGGUGAACUGCGUGGAGUUCAGAGAGGCUUUCCUGGCAGUUUUCCAGGAGGCUGACAAGUGGCGUUUCCAUGGCGACGAGGAGGAUGAAGAGCUGACCAGAGACUCCCAGUUCCUCGGCUGGUUUGCUUUACUCAAAGCAGAUUUUGCAGACACUAGUCCGGGUUCAGGAGCCAUACCCUGGCAUGGCAGCUCUCACCUGCAGAAAGGGUGGCAGGUUGUUGCAUGUGGCUCUCCGUUUGGCGCCCUCUGCCCUGAUCUCUUCAUCAGCACCCUCAGCAAGGGCAUCAUCAGUAACCUGGCGGGACAGGGCAAUGCUGUUAUUCUCACAGACGCCCGCUGCCUGCCAGGCACUGAGGGUGGCGGGCUCUUUCUGCCAAAAGGCAACCGUGCAUACCUCGUUGGCCUGAUUGUCUCCCCGCUUUGCUGGAAGGCAAAUGAGUGGAUAGGCCUCACCCUGGUCUGCUCCGUCCAGCUCAUCUUCAGGAACAUUAUCUGCUGCAUGAAUGUGCAGGAUCCACAGAGAGACAUUUACCUUCACGAGGGAGAGCCAGGCCUGCAGCUCUCCAGCACAGCUCAUCUUUCAAAAGCUGCUAAGUAUCCCACUGUGUGCCUGAUAGACAGUGGACAGUUCUGGGGCUCUGGGGUUCUGGUCUCCCCUCAGCUGGCUCUGACCUGCCGGCACGUUGUGAAUGGAAAGCCAUUUGUUACCCUGAGGUUCUGCCACAGAAAUGGGUUCCAUGAGACUGUGGGUGAUGUGCUGUUUUCCACCAAGGCAUCUUCACCCUAUGAUCUGGCUGUGGUGCAGCUGAGAGGCUCCACCCCAGAGGUUGUGGUCCCAGAGUUGGCAAAGUCCUUUCAGCCCGGUGAGGAUGUAGUGGUGGUGGGUUAUGGCGGGUUGGGUCGGAGGUGCGGUCCCUCGCUGACCUGUGGCGUCCUCUCCAAAGCCAUCAGCUGGAAGGAUCAGCCUGUCAUGCUUCAGACCACCUGUGCAGUACAGGCUGGGGCCAGUGGGGGCGCUGUGGUGCAGGCACAGUCAGGAAAGCUGCUUGGUAUUGUAUCCAGCAACACGAGGGACUUUGCUGCUAAAGUGACCUACCCACACCUCAACUUCAGCGUCCCAGUGACGGUAUUCCAGCCUUUGUUGCGGAGCUUUGACCAAACAGGGGAUGCUGAGGUGUUCAGGGCUUUGGACGCCACAGAAGAAGGAGUCAGGAGGGUGUGGAGGCUUCAAGGUGCUCAGAGCAAACUAUGACUGCGAACCUGUGCAACACAAGCACACACUCACAGAUCCUCACCUCUGGACUCACUGAUAAACCAUUCUCACGCGUACCAGUAUCUACACUAUGAUUGGGCUUAGUUGUCAAUGUUAAGAUAAAAUGGAUACUUCAAUAAGAAUUUUGUUUUUAUGACAUAAAGAAAGAGGAACUAGUGUAACUUCACAAAUGUUAGUAGAAACCCUUUUCAUAAAGUUAGUGGUAUUAUCCUACAAAGGAUCACAGUCAGACAAUAAGUUCCAAUUAUCCAAUAAUGUUUAUGUAAUAAUGCUACUUUUGUGCUUACUCAAAAUCAUGCAGUGAGCAGUUUUUUUUCUGUACUGUAAACUAAUGUGAUUAAAUAGGUAUUUUCUGAUAAAA